CAAAGGGAAACCCGCUCGAGCGUAGAUUACCCUCUUCCAGUAUUUUUACAGACAUUGAACACCUGCUCGAGCGCCAAGGUACCCGCUCGAGCGUGAAAAACAAACCUGCAGUACUUUUGCAGAGGUACGAAAUGCUGAAAGUGCGUAAACUCCGCUUGAGCGCAAAGGGACCUGCUCGAGCGGACAACCAAAAAUCUAGGCAACAAGGAAUGGGAUUAAAGCGCAACCAACUUGUUCGAAACACGCCCAAUACAUCCUAAAACUCAAAUAUAAGGAAUUAAAGGAUGACAACAAGACAUAUACAACAACCAACCCCACGGAACCUAAGUCCGGAUACAACAAUCAAAUAAGGAAGAACCAGGAUCGCUAUAGGCCAUCGAAGAAGUAAAGGUACAAAGUGAUAAAAACAAAGCAAGUCGUGCAGAGCGAAAGUAUAAUCAUACUACUAGAACAAAAAGUUUCCCACGUGUUCGAAAGGAGCAGAAGAAUAAGCUGGGACACUCUCCAACACGUGCUCACAUGUUUAAAGUAUGUUAUACAAAGGAGACUGAAACCCCUGAGGCAACGAAAGUAAUGAUAGAUGAAAUUAAUGAGAGGACAACUUUAAAUGCAAAUUUAUCAAAUGAGGGCCCAAAUGAUACAUUUGGGCAAGUGAUAGGUAAAGAAAAACAUGGACGAGUUCGCAUAUAUGGAUUAGGUGUCUCCCUGUCUAAUUUAUGGAGAGAUACAUCUGGCCAUAAAGCAAACCAAGACAUAACAAUGGAUGUUAUGGAAGCUAAAAAUUCUGAGCUAAGGCCCAAAGUUUCCCAUGUUCAGCAUGUUCCGAAUAACUUGACAAACACAUCUAACCAGGUCACAACAGCUUCUAGUUCUCUUGACAUGGCAACUCGACAUCAAGCAUGGUCCUUGUCAUCGAUACAAGAUGCCUCUCUUACUCAGGUGGGGGAUGUAGUUGUUCUAAAAAGUAUCAUUAGGCCAACAAAAACAGUUGCAAUCAGAGUACUUAAAAGCACAGAUGCAUCUAAAGAAGUAGAAGGAGAAAAACUAGGACCUGACUAUUGGAAGGUACAUGUUCAAGUGCCAAUCAAACCUAAUGAGAGCUUGAUCCGAUCGUAUGGACUUGUCAAAACAAUUGGACAAGCUAUUGGAGCUCAUGUUGCUUGGCCUGCUCCAUUUGUGAUUUCGCAACUUAUGGAUGCUAGUCGAGAAUAUUUGUACAAGUGAGGUUGAGAGUUUGGGAACUGAUUUUAUUUUUGAUAAUUUGUCUCUCCGGAAUAUGGAUGUCACUAUGGCUUUUCAAAACUUAUGGUUGGCAUAAUUUUCUUAAAUUUUUUUUUUUUUGCUUUAACUUUGUUAGUGUAGUAGAAUAUUUUAUAAUUUC